AUGCGCCUUGACUACUGGUCAAGUGCUAGCGGGUUAACUAUUGAAAGCCCCACCUUUAGCACUGCAUCCUACACGGCCCCACCUUUUAGCACUGCAUCCUACACGGCCCCACCUUUUAGCACUGCAUCCUACACGGCCCCACCUUUUAGCACUGCAUCCUACACGGCCCCACCUUUUAGCACUGCAUCCUACACGGCCCCACCUUUUAGCACUGCAUCCUACACGGCCCCACCUUUUAGCACUGCAUCCUACACGGCCCCACCUUUUAGCACUGCAUCCUACACGGCCCCACCUUUUAGCACUGCAUCCUACACGGCCCCACCUUUUAGCACUGCAUCCUACACGGCCCCACCUUUUAGCACUGCAUCCUACACGGCCCCACCUUUUAGCACUGCAUCCUACACGGCCCCACCUUUUAGCACUGCAUCCUACACGGCCCCACCUUUUAGCACUGCAUCCUACACGGCCCCACCUUUUAGCACUGCAUCCUACACGGCCCCACCUUUUAGCACUGCAUCCUACACGGCCCCACCUUUUAGCACUGCAUCCUACACGGCCCCACCUUUUAGCACUGCAUCCUACACGGCCCCACCUUUUAGCACUGCAUCCUACACGGCCCCACCUUUUAGCACUGCAUCCUACACGGCCCCACCUUUUAGCACUGCAUCCUACACGGCCCCACCUUUUAGCACUGCAUCCUACACGGCCCCACCUUUUAGCACUGCAUCCUACACGGCCCCACCUUUUAGCACUGCAUCCUACACGGCCCCACCUUUUAGCACUGCAUCCUACACGGCCCCACCUUUUAGCACUGCAUCCUACACGGCCCCACCUUUUAGCACUGCAUCCUACACGGCCCCACCUUUUAGCACUGCAUCCUACACGGCCCCACCUUUUAGCACUGCAUCCUACACGGCCCCACCUUUUAGCACUGCAUCCUACACGGCCCCACCUUUUAGCACUGCAUCCUACACGGCCCCACCUUUUAGCACUGCAUCCUACACGGCCCCACCUUUUAGCACUGCAUCCUACACGGCCCCACCUUUUAGCACUGCAUCCUACACGGCCCCACCUUUUAGCACUGCAUCCUACACGGCCCCACCUUUUAGCACUGCAUCCUACACGGCCCCACCUUUUAGCACUGCAUCCUACACGGCCCCACCUUUUAGCACUGCAUCCUACACGGCCCCACCUUUUAGCACUGCAUCCUACACGGCCCCACCUUUUAGCACUGCAUCCUACACGGCCCCACCUUUUAGCACUGCAUCCUACACGGUUUCCUGGAAUCAGGAACGGAGCACAUACCUCACUCAAGACAUUCAACUGUGA